AUGCAGUCCUCAGACCCAGGUCACUUUUUCGAGACAGAUGCAGAGCAGGCCACAAGGCAAAGAAGGGCGGCCAAGUCUGGCAACAAAUACGGCAACCCCAUCGUCUUGAAGUCCAAGAUCCUCGCAGCUGUGCUGGACCCCAGAUCCCCGUCUUCUGCUGUCUUGGUUGCCGAGUCUGCAGGAGCUGAUCCUGAAAGCACCAAAACAGUCUAUCGCGGCCCAACAACACCAGUCAGCUGUGUCACCGUCGGAGGCCCAAACAACGGGACACUCUUUGCUGGUGCAUGGGACAAGUCAGUCUGGUCUUGGGACUUGGACACCAAGACACCAGGGAAAAAGUACAUCGGCCACGCAGAUUUUGUUAAAGCAGUCGUCUGCGCUAGGCUCCGAGGCAAAGACAUCCUCAUCAGCGGCGGCGCCGACAAAAAGAUCAUCGUCUGGGACAUCACCUCCGGAGCCCGCCUCCACACCCUCAAAGACGAUGUCGUCAACAUGCUCAGCAUCCAAGACCUAGCCGUCGACCACGCAGCCUCAACCGAAUCCGAAAUCUCCCUCAUCAGUGCGAGCAGUGACCCGCAUAUUCGACGGUGGAAGAUUCGGACCGACGGCUGGGAGCAGGUGGUCGAGGAGCUGCCCAAUGCGCCCGGCACGGAAAGGCGGACAAUUUUGGAGCACGAGACAACCGUCUACAAACUCGUACUCGACCACGACGGGGACGAGGUCGACUUGUGGACGUCGAGCGGAGACGGGACGGCCAAGUGCCUGUCGAGGAUAAAGAACUUCAGCUGCGAGGACAGUUUUCAGCAUGGGGAUCAUGUUCGCGCUGUGGCUGUCACGGACCAAUGGGUGAUCACGGCUGGGAGGGACGAGGACAUCAAGUUCUGGGAUCGGGCUUCGGGGAAGCUGUACUGCUCUCUGCUGGGGCACUAUGAUGAGGUUACUGAGCUGGUGCUCUUGAAGAAUGCCAAGGGGUCGGCUGAGAGACUUUGCAGUGUUGGUAUCGACGGCACUGUUCGGGUGUGGCCCUUGGCAAAGGCAGGUCUGGACACUUUGGUUGAAGAACAGAAGAAGCCUGUCGCGGAGGAAAAAAGGGAGGAAACUAAACCCGAGGGCCUGCUGAGUGCCGAAGAGGAAGCAGAGCUCGCUGCCCUGAUGGAGGACGAUGAUGAAGAAUAG